AUGGCACUACAAGUUUCUGUUUUUCUCGGAUUUCUAUUACUCAGUAAAAUCGUACUGAGCGAGGAGAAAAUUCAUUUUCAGCAGCUUGCUAAGUUAAAUGAAGUCAUUACGUCGAGGAUAAACCAAACUUUGCUAGACCAUAGCCAUGAUGAUGUUAACCCGUACUACAGGAACCUUGAAGUGGCUUUAAAGCUUCCGUUCAUGCAGCUCGAUGAAAAAAUCAAGGCUUACAAGAUCUUCACAACACAGCAUAGCAAGGGUACUUACUUAUAUGAACAAAAUGUGACUCGGCCCGGAAAUGAAUCUCUCUCACGUCAGAACUACACUGUUUUUGAAAAGAAAAUUCUUAAAUUUCUAAAGAAGUUAGGAAUUUAUGAUGACUUUACUGCACGCGUGUUUAAGGCAAUUUUUAGUGACGAUGAACAAUUAAAAAAGCUAAAAAAAAAACUUGAUGAGCUGGGUGAAGACGAAUUUAAUUCAGAGAAUGAUUCAUUAUGGGACUUUAUUUUUUAUUUAUUUUAA